AUGACAACAAAACAACGACGAUAUCAUAUAGCAUUAGUUGAUUAUUUACUAGCUGGUUGUGAACGAUUAAAUACACGAUUAAAAGGCACUUUGAUCGGGGAUACACAAUCAUCAGUAAUAAGAUCAAACAGAAAUCUUUAUUAUUGUGGAUAUCGAUCAUAUUCAACUCUUGGUUGGAUUAAGCAUGAAAACUUAAGAGAUGAACGUGCUGAAGCAUUUCGAUCAUUGUUAUGGCCUGAUGUGUAUGAAUGGAGUUAUGUCAUGCGUGCAACAUGUGCUGGAACAUUUAUCAUUCCGCCAGCUAAAGCUGAAGAAAUGUAUUCACCAGAAAACUUUGGUCGAUGUAGAACAGAUAAGGUUAUCAUUCACUAA